AUGACCCUAGUCCCAAAUGAUCCCAAUUUGUGGCAUGUCAUCAAUAUUAAUGCGAAUCGUACUAGCAGCUAUUUUGUAGUUGUCGCUUCUACUGGAGUGGUUUACGAUUCGGCAUUAAAAUUCACACAAGAAGUUGACCUGGUCUGGAGACAGCGCUGGUCGUUGAUGACCGUUCUGUAUCUCGGUUUGCGCUAUAUCAUGAUAGUAUAUGCUGUCAUCAGUAUUCUGAGUUAUAUUAUGUACUUCGCGCUAUGCUGGAUCGUUGUAAUCGUACCUGCAAUGCUUGGUGUCAUCAUGAUCGCGCGGCUAUAUGCCAUGUAUCAGGGGUCAAGAAAGAUGUUGAUAUUUCUUGUUAUCAUCUUCCUGAUUGUCAACGUCUCUGGCGCGGUUAUAAUCGGCAUGAUGUUGAGGCAUAUUUCAGUAGAGGAGGCCAUUCUAUCUGGCAUGUACCAGUGCACUAUUAUGCUCGAGGGAGAUGGCGCACUUCUGUGUACUAUGUAUUUGAUGCUCAUCACUAUAUGGGAGAUCCUCGUACUGUGUCUUGCAGGUUGGGUUAGUGUAAGACACUUCCGUGAACUGCGACGACAUUCAGCAGGAGGGAUGAUCGGAGAUUGUUUCACAGUCUUAAUGAAAUCUCACAUUGUUUACUUUGCGAGCUUUGUUGCUGUUUCUGGCCCCUCGUUCGGUUAUUUGUCUCCAAUGGUCUCAACAGCUUUAUAUUCUCUGGAAAAUCCAAUCUAUCUUGGAGUUCUUCAAAUAUUUGUGCUUAUGCAAUUAUCCGUGCUGGGACCACGCCUGAUCCUUGAUGUUCGAGAAUAUCAUGCUAAACUCGUGGACAACAGCGAUGCAACAAGUGGCAUGACUUCAAUUGUCUUCCAGGAGCGCGUGCAUCUGACAACCAGCAGUAGUGUGUAG